AUGAUCCAAGGGGCUCUUAUCGAUCUGCUCGAAAUGGUUGAUAUCGAUGAUGAUCGAAAUGGUAAGUUCGAAUUUAAUAAUAAUAAAUUUAUUUAUUCAUUAAUUGUCUUUUUGUUUUAGAUUCUUAUCUGAUAUGAUCAAAAUGAUACAUUAUGGGAUAGAUAUAUAUAAGAGGGUUGAUGAAAGUUAAGGGGUUAAGUUAAGUUCGAGAGAUAGAUUAAGGCAAAGGGGAUAGAUAUAGAUAAGUUAAUAGAUUAAGGUUAAGGGAAUAGAUAUAGAUAAGUUAACAGAUUAAGGUUAAGGGGAUAGAUUUAGAUAAGUUAAUGGAUUAAGGUUAUGGGGAUAGAUAUAGAUAAGUUAACAGAUUAAGGUUAAGGGGAUAGAUAUAGAUAAGUUAAUAGGUUAAGGGGAUAGAUAAGUUCAUAGCAGAGAUCCGCGAGUCAGUCAAAAAAAUGACUCGCCACCGCCUCGCCAUGCUGGCGAGUUGCUCAUCGCUGCCUCGCCUCGCCUCGCCUUUUUUAGACUCCGACUCGCCCCGCCUCGCCUCGCCUCGCCUAGAGUUUAUAACAAAAUGGUUAUUUUUAGGCAGUUUCUUAACCACCCAUAACAAUCACUAUCUUUUUAGUUUAUAGAAUCAAAUAAAGAACAUUUUAGACUUUUAAAUAAGUUCAAAAAGACAAAGAUAUAAAUGAGAAUCAAAUAAAUAACAAUCAUUUUUUUUUUACUGCAUAUAAACAAUGCAUUGUGAACUACAUCAGUGCAAUAGUUGGACUAGACUGAAUAAUUGAACAUAUGUGUAUAUAGAGUGUGCCAAAAGUCACCUAACAAAAAGAAAACAGCUCAUCUGAACAGGAUUAUGAUCAAAUGAACUGAUUUUUGCCUAAUGGUAGAGGAUAUUUCCAAGUUUUUAUUCAUCAAUAAACGGUUUGAUAGCAUCACUUAGAAUUAUUAUUAUCAUUCAUUUAAAAGAGGAAAAGUCACAUUUCUGCCAAAGAUAAACUAGAGAUUUUGGGUUUGUGUAAUCUGAUACGAAUUUCUGUUCUUAGAUUUUCAAAAUUGUGUAAUGUUUUAUUUGAAUUCUUUCGGUUUUCUCUAUUCUGUCUAACUUCACAAAAUUCUCUCAAAUCUUUUUGCACUGAAAAGAUCUGAAAACACUAGUGAGUACAGUUAAAGUUUGAUAAAGUACUCCUAUGGAUAGUGAACAAAAACGCAAAGGCAUUCGAGAACUUAUUGACAAAUGAUACAAGUAAUUUUUAGAGCUCUUUGUUCAUCGUUUUGGUUGAAAAAUGUUCUAUGCUCAUCAAGAAAAGAUGUUUCUCGAGUCAAAAUACUGGAAAACGGCAAAUAGUACUGGUCGAAGUAAUACGACAUUUUCUAGUAUUUUGACUCUGAUACCGUCAUUUCUUGAUGAAAAUACAGCAUUUUUUUCCAAAAUGAUCAUCAUAACAAGCUCUACAAAAUGGAAUUUGUGAAUAAGCUUUAGGAUACAAUUCUAUUUUUUGUGAUUGACUACUGCUAGAAGUGUGUGGAAAGAAGGCCAAAUUCCGUACUGAAGUAGACGAUGCUAGAUUUCACGUGUGUUCAUGAACUGCUGCUGGAUAAAUAAAAAUUUAAAAGUAUCCUCUACCAUCUAGAAAAAGAUCAGCUCGUUUGGUCAUAACUCUGUGGAGAUAUACGGUUUUCUUUUUGUUAGCUGACUUUUGAGGCACCCUGUAUACUAAUUUAUCGUCUUAAUUCGAUAAACUUCACUACAAAUGGAAACGCUUAGAAACAAUUACAAUAAAAUCGAAAGAUUUCCUUAAAAAUUUGCCAUUUAUUCAUCAAAAAUAGCAUUCUAAGUAUAGACGAGUCGACUCGGCGAGUUACAAAAUCAACUCGUACUCGCCGCGGUGCAGAAAAUGCCGCCUCGCCUCGCCUCGCCACGAGGCGAGGCGAGGCGAGGCGAGUAAACUCGGCGAGUCUCGGAUCUCUGGUUCAUAGAUUAAGGUUAAGUGGAUAGAUAAGUUAAUAGAUUUAUGUUAAGGGGAUGGAUAAGUUAAUAGAUUAAGGUUAAGGGGAUAGAUAAGUUAAUAGAUUAAGGUUAAGGGGAUAGAUAAGUUAAUAGAUUAAGGUUAAGUGGAUAGAUAUAGAUAAGUUAACAGAUUAAGGUUAAGGAGAUAGAUAUCGAUAAGUUAAUAGAUUAAGGUUAAAGGAUUAAGUUAAGGGGAUAGAUUAAGGUUAAAAGGUUAAGUUAAGGAGAUAGAUGUGCAGAACCACAGAGAUACAAUUAUGGUGAUUAGGAUAUCGAUUUAAUAGGAUUAUAUAAAUCUUGUAUAGCAAGUGCCAAAUAUGAAGUUUUCAAUGCAUUGUAAUGCAUUAUUAUAAAAAAAAUGCAUUAUGAUGCGUUGAUAAAUCAAUGUAUUGCAAUGGAUUAAUAAAAAUAAUGCAUUAUAAUGCAUGAAAUAGGUUGCAUUAUCAUGUAAUUGCAUCCAUUGCAUUUCUAUUGUAAAAUAAUGCAUUGCAAUGUCCAUUAUUUCAUAAAAUCGGCUACAUGGGAUAUGUGCAUUAAAUCAUUUAUCGUGUCGUAAUACAUAAGUAUUUACUUUACUUAUCUUUACAUGUCAACAAGUAUUUCUUUUGUCACAAGCAACAAGGGAAAGCCCUUUUUGGUGUAUGAUAAUUAUUUGUACAAGAUGAAUAAAGCAACUGCAAAAGGUUUUCUGUGCAUUUGAAUUAAAAUAUAACACUUUUUUUAUCUAUUUUCUUUCUUCUUACCCUCAACGAUAAUACAAAAAGCUGUAUCUACUUUCAUUUCGCAGACAUAAAAUAAUAGAAAAUGAACUAUUAGAAAAUUUAUCGGUACUCUCAUUCAUAUUCAAUAUUUUCGAUAUUUUACUUUUCGACAUUUUGUACAUUCGACAUUUUGUUUUUCGAUAUUUUUGCAUUUUCGAUGUUUUACUCCUUCGACAUUUUGACUCUUCGAUGUUUUUUUUUUGGACGUUCUUCCUUCGGUAUUUUGCUCUUCGACGUUUUGAAUUUCGGUCUUUUGACACUUUAGCACUUAAUCUUGUUUUUCUUUUUAAAUUUCAAAAGAAAGAGAAAAUGUAAUCAGAAAAUUUUAUAAUUUAUUAGAUGAUACCUAUAGAAAGUAAUUAUCAAUUAUUGCCUUUCUUUUCUGUUUUACAAAAGAUUUAAACAUUUCUUAGCUUCACGCACAUAACCAAACUUCUCGUGUACUGUAUGAAAUUCCUAUGAAACUUAAUAAUGAUCAGUUUUCGAGUCAAAAAUUGAUCACUGAAUCAAAAAAUAGUUUUUCAUAUGAUUCAUCUUUAUAUAAGGACCCAAAACAAAUUAAUUCAUCAACUCGAGUUGAUUUUAAUGAAGACUUCUCGUUUGAUUACAAAGACUGAUUCAUUGAACAUAUUAACUUUGUAGAAAAUGUGAUCUUCAUUUAAAGAAUAGUUGAGAUAUUGACAUGGGUAUAAUCAUCAAAAUCUGCCAUAAGAUAAAAUGGUAAAGUAGCUAAAUGUCGAAAGGAAAAUGCCGAAAGUGAAAAUGUCGAAAAAAAAAUAUCGAAAAUAAAAAUGUCGAAAGGCAGGACGCCGAACAGAAAAAUGUCGAAAGUUGUUAAUGUAGAAAAACAAAAUGCCGAAAAUGAAAAUGUCGAAAGUAAUGACGCCGAAAAGAGUAAUAGUGCAUAUUUAGUCAUCUACUUUGUUGAUGAAAUCUAGGCAAAGAAAAGUACAAAUCAAACC